AUGGCGCCGAGGCUCCCUCCGAAGCUCGAGAUGAUCCGUGAUAUGAUACAUAGCGAAUCACUAAACACAUCGCAGAUGGCUGAAGCGGCUGAAUGUCUUGAGCGUCCAAUCAUCAACCUCCGCAACAACCUUCACCAAUUUGGGAAUGUCAGAGCGCCUCCUACACGUGUUGGACGACGACGAAGCAUCACCCCUCCAAUGCUAGAGGCAAUAUGUGAUCAUCUUCUUGAGAAACCUGGGCUAUAUGUGGAUGAGAUGGCCCUGUUUUUAUGGGAUGAAUUCCAUAUUCAGGUAACGAAUUCGAGUCUUAAGCGGGCUCUUGUGUCUGUCGGCUGGUCGAAAAAGGUGGCUCGACAAAGAGCAAAGGAACAAAACGCCGAUUUGCGAGACUUCUUUCUACACAACCUAUCGGACUUCCAAUCCUAUCACUUAGUCUAUGUGGACGAGUCCGGAUGCGAUAAACGAAUUGGUUUUAGACGGACCGGCUGGUCUCCGGUCGGCGCGACACCUUUGCAGGUUUCCAAAUUCCAUCGUGAUCAACGAUAUCAGAUUAUUCCUGCAUACGCCCAAGAUGGUGUUGUCUUUUCUCGAGUAUUCCAAGGCUCGACUGAUGCAGCUGUAUUUGAGGAUUUCAUUGAGCAACUUCUCAAACAUUGCGGAAAGUGGCCUGAACCAAAGUCCGUUGUAGUCAUGGAUAACGCAUCUUUUCAUCAUUCUGAGCGAAUCAAAGAACUAUGUGCCAAUGCAGGAGUAAAAUUGGGUUACCUGCCACCUUACUCACCUGAUUUGAAUCCCAUCGAGGAGUUUUUCUCUGAGCUGAAGGCGUUCAUCAGGCGGAAUUGGCGGCGAUAUAAGCAAAGCCCGGACCAAGGAUUCGCCUUUUUCCUUGAGUGGUGUAUCGAGGCUGUUGGAUCUCGAGAAGAAAGUGCAAAGGGCCAUUUCCGGCACGCUGGCGUUGUUGUUGAAAAUUAUUAUUGA